AUGAUCAAAGUAAACUACAAGACCCAGUUAAAACCCUCACAUCCCAUCGAAUCAGCUCAACCAAUAACGGCAGAUCAAUUUCUGGAACUGGAAGAGCGGCAACGGACUCGGUUCAAUGGAAAAGAUGGUGGACUGGCGAGAAUCAAGACGGGAUGUCUGGAAAUUGAUGACUAUGUUCUUUGUGGUAGUAAAGAAGAAUUGAAUGGAGGCUUCGAAAGGGGUAUUGUGGUGGGUUUGAGUGCUACCGAUGGGGAUGAAUCAAUAGGUAGUAGACUAAUAUCUCUCAAUCUUAUAGCCUCUGUUCUCCUCCAACAUGUCGAUUCAGCAAAUGCUAUACGGGACCCCCAAGAUGAAUCAAGAAACGUAAUGAAGCCAAAGGUUGUGGUGAUCGACGCAACCGGCUCUUUUAGCCUUCCUCUCCUAGCCAAAGGUUUGAGAUCAAGACUUCUUCAAGUGAGGCACAAAACGAGAAGUAAGGACAACACAAGUGGAAAUCUCGAGAAUGACCUCAAUCUAGACAGGAUCACCGAACUUGAGAUACAAACUGAUAUGAAUGCAAUGCUGGAACUGGUUGCGAUUAGUAGAGUCUUCGAUAUAGAAGGAUUGUGGGAAGUAUUGGGUGAGAUAGGCAGAACAGACGGCCGGUCCAAUGAGGGAGAUAAUCAAGAAACCUCAAACAACCAUCCAUCACGGGAGGGCAAAUUUGUUGAAAAGCAAGCAGAGUUGUUGCACAAAAUACCAGAUGAGAUAGGUGAUAGCGAAGAGGAAGAUAUUAAUAUGUCGACGCCAUCGCCGGUCAAGCUCGUAGCGUCAAAAACAAGUGAGGUAGAAACCAGUCCAGAAAUAUUGAUCAUAGACAACAUGCAUUAUUUAAUCUCCCACCUGUUUACACAUUCCGAAAAAUCUUCCGCUCACAGUCUUCUCUCUUUGCUCUCACGAACCCUACACACCCUAACCCAUACCCAAAACAUCCUCACCAUUCUCCACAACUCUACUAUAUCGACCAAAACUAACUACACAAAACCCGGUACUCGACAAUCUCCACCUCCACCUCCAGCUCUCCAAUCUAUCUUUACCUCCACAGCCCAAAAGCCAUCACUAGGACGAAUAUUCGACGAGUUUCUAGAUCUUCAUAUCAUGAUCUCGAGAGUCCCAAAAUCAAGAGUGGAUGCCGAAGUUCUCUAUGGCCAAGAUGACAGCUUCCAGAAUAACGAAAUCAGUUAUUGCCUUGUGUUUGAAGUUUUGAGGGAUGAGUGUCCUGUUUUGGGCAGAGAUAGGGAUUUGGGCAGGCGUUUCGGAGAUAGAGAGCAGAGAUGGGGUCUUUUCGAGAUUGGUGCUGAGGGUACGAAGUUGGUUGAUGCAUUCAGGGGUGGGGUUCUGGGGGCAUGA